ACGCGCGGCAUCACCGCGCUCCGGCUCAAGACUCGGACCAUGUGGAUCGCCGCUGUGGCCAUCGCGUCACUUUACGGAGUGAUCACGGUGGCGGGAUUGAUCGGGAACAUCACGCUCGUCAAAACGUUUUGCUGUGCGAAGUCCAGCAGCCUCAGCCUGUCCAAGGUGCUGAUGUCGAGUCUGGCGCUUGGAGACGCGGCGCUACUGGUGACCUGCGCUCCGGUGGACGUCAGCCGCUACCUGUGGGACCGGUGGCUGUUCGGCAGGGUGGGCUGUAAAGUCAUCCCCUUCAUCCAGAUCACCUCGGUCGGAGUGUCUGUGUUCACGCUCACAGCUCUGUCUGCCGACAGGUACAAAGCCAUAGUCAAGCCCUUGGACAGUCAAACCUCCAGCACCACUUCCAGGAUUGUCCUGAAGGUGGCGCUCAUCUGGCUCUUCUCUCUGGUACUGGCUGUUCCUGAGGCGGUCUAUUCUGACCUCCACACCUUCAACAUCACCUCCACUGAGAGCUUUGUCACAUGUGCCCCCUAUCCCCCUACCGGGGAGCUGCACCCCAAGAUCCACUCCAUGGCUUCAUUCCUGAUUUUUUAUUUAAUUCCCCUGCUGGUGAUUUCUGUGUACUACACUUUCAUCGCUUGCAGCCUAAUGAAGAGUGCCUCAAACCUGCCUGUGGAAGGAAACAUUUACACCAGACGACAGGUUGAAUCCAGAAAGCGGCUGGCCAAGACAGUGCUGGUGUUUGUGAUCCUGUUUGCAGUAUGUUGGCUACCGAGUCACGUCAUCUACUUAUACCGCUCCUAUCACUACUCCCAGGUGGACACCUCACUAGUUCACUUCGUGUGCAGUGUCAUAGCUCGGAUGCUGGCGUUCACCAACUCCUGCCUCAAUCCCUUUGCUAUUUACCUGCUGAGCAAGACAUUCCAGAAACAGUUCAACCGGCAGCUCUGCUGUUGCUGUUGUAUGAUCCUGAGACACUCAUCACGGAGCCACAUGCAUCACGCUACACGUGUGACCUCAGUUCGCAGCUCACAUCACUCUGUGGGGAGUCUGAGUAUGAUCGAUGACAGGCAAGUCUUUCAUGAGGAUUCUGUGUAG